AAGCGGAGGUCCUUGUAACCCUGGGUUGGGUAGGUGGUAGAUCUGGAUGGGAGCAGGAGGAUGUGGAGAGUUGGGGACCGCUAGAAGCCGGAGGCUGGUCCAGCAGCAUUUAAUUCAGUAAGAGAAAGACAGACAGAGAGAGAGAGAAAAAGAUGCAACGGACUGAAGAACAAAAUCAACUCGAAUUUCAACUAUUCGAGUUACUGAUGAAAAGAAAGAAAAGGGCUGUGUGGCUUUCAAGCAUUCUGCUUGUUCUCUCACUUGUAAUCAUUGCCGUUGGUAUUUUCACUGAAACAAGGACUGAGAAUAUCAGCAUUAUCGGCUAUGCAUCUGGAAUAAUUCUGGCUUUUGGAUCAUUUCUGGGACUGCUGGGACUGUUCCUGGAUGAAAGCCGGAAACAACUGUUGGUUGCAGCCAUCACCUUCCUCAGUUUUGGAAUUGUAGGAGCUUUCAUCUGUGUCGUUGUGGAUGGUGUCUUCACAGCUGUCAGCAUUGAUCUAAGACCGUUUCAUGCAGGGAGAUGCCAGUACUACACCAGUGGACAGAACUACAUUUAUGAGAAUUAUCUGACAACUGUGCCUUGCCAGAGUUUCACAGAAUCAUGCAACCUGAAAGUGCAGAGUAACACAUGCUAUUGCUGUGACUUGUACAAUUGUGCAAAUGGUGACUAUUUGAAUAAUUACUUUGAGUUUGUCGGAGUGAAGAGUUGCCAGGAAAUUCAGUCCGUUUACAUCAUGAUUUGGCUGGUAACCACACUCAAUGUGUCUGCUCUUAUUUUGGGAAUUGCCACCUCUGCCAUUCUUGGGAACUUCAAAAACAUGGAGUCUCUCAUUGGACCUGAUGUUAGUGUCCAGCUGUUCAACUUUCAAAAUUCCAGGUGUAAGGCCAAAGAGCAGGCAAGGAGCCAGCCCAGUACGUCUCCCUCAGCACCUCUCCUACAAGAAGUUGGAGACACAAUGCAGCAGAGGCCCUCUGUUCAUUACAUGUCAGUGCCAGCAACUACAUCUUUACCAUGUUGUAGUCAAAGCGACACGAAGAUAGAUAACAAUCCUCCACCAUUUGCUCCUUUGUAUAACUUCUUGCCAGAAAAGCCACUGGGAUAUCUGAUGUGAUCAGUGAUUGCUCACUUGUGUGUACAGUGAACAGCCCCAGCCUACACACAGCCUUAAAAAGAUCGGACCAAAGAGAUAACUUUGAGGGAUAUGAAAACCAGUGACUGUGAGCCAGCAGCAACUUUUAAAUCCUUCCAGAUUCUUAUUUCCUUUGUCUUCAAUUUUCAUUGACUGCAAUGUUUAAUGGCUAUUGGAAUUGCCUGUUUGACAAAACCAUCUUCCAUUGUUUCACUAGAAGCAUAUAUAUUCCACAAAUUCUUUUUGAAUGAGUUAAAUGAUUUAAAUCUACCCUAUUGACUUAUUUAGCCAUUGUGUUAUCAGUAUGUCACACAUACAAUGUAGACAGUGCAUAAUAUUGAAGUAUUGGUUCCCUGUUAAGACAUUGUAAAUAUUUAUAUCACGCAAAUGGUAUUUUCAGAAGAUCAGCUGUUUAAUAGAAUCCAUUUACAAAGAAAGUGCCUGUAAUAUCACAGGACGGAACAAUAUUCCUGUACUCCUAUUUGCAGUCAUCAUCUGUAGCUAAUCUGAUUUCAACCCACAAGGAACAGUGCAAAUUAUUGUAUAGGCCAUUAGGACUUCAGUUUCUAAAGCACCAUCAACCGCAUUGUGCUGGUCUGAAUGGACUGUAUGUUUCAGGAUUAAUCUUUCCAGUUUCCAGUUCUCUUCUCCACCUGAAUCCUGUACAGACCUGAACCUAUAAAAUGCUGCUGCUUAUGCCUGAUAUCACACUGACUUGCUGCUGCCUGUACUCGUGUGUAUUGGCUUCAAUUCCACUCUCCUCCAAUUGCCAUAAUCUCCCUCAGCCCUAUAGCCCUCUCAGUCGCUGUGUUCCUCCAACUCUAGCCUUUUGUGUAUCUCCCAGUUCACCCUACAAUUUCUGGCCAUUCCGUCAACUCUACACUCUGAAGAGCCUUGCUAAAAUGUUCCCUUUGCUUUGCAAUGUAAUCCAGUCCAGAAUCACUGAUUAGUGACAGCACACAAGCAGAUAAAGAGGUUCGCUGUGUCUGACAUUCUAAAUCAGCAACACAUCUAAUGGCAUCACCUCAAUCUCUCCCUGUUCAUUGUGGAGACAGGUUCAUUCAAGACAUUGAAAACAGACUUUGACUAUUAUCCAGGAAAGAAGAAUCCACAAGUGAACAGGGAGAAGAUAUUGAGAUAACACGGUGUGAAGCUGGAUGAACACAGCAGGCCAAGCAGCAUCAGAGGAGCAGGAAAACUUGACGUUUCGGGUUGGGACCCUUCUUCAGAAAGUUUGACACUGCAUUCCAGACCCUCAGCAGUCCCUGCAUGAGAGUUUUCCCCCAUGUUGUCAUUACAUCUUUUGCAAAUGACGUUGAACCUGUCCCCCUGGGUUCUUGACUGUUUCACUGCUGUGAACAGUUUCUCCCUAUCCCUUUUGUCCAGGCCCUUCACAAUCUUGAACUCCUUCAUGAAAUGUCCUCUCAACUCCCCUCACUGGGGCCAACUGUCCUGAAUUUCCCAAUCUAGUUAUGCAAUUGAACCUCUUCAUCCCUGGAAUAAUUGUUUUGACUCUUUUAUGCAGUGUCUCCAGUGCCCCUACAUUGUUCUGAAAAUGUGACGGUUAAAACCAGACACAAUACCCCAUUAAGGCUGGACCCUGAUUUGUAUAAAUUUGACAUAUCUUCCUCACUCUUGUUGUGUGUCCUGAUGAUCUCAUCUCUCAGGAUGUGGAAACAAAUACUUCUCACCUCAAGUCAAAUCCUAGGUCUUUAUCUUAGAAAAAUCUGGCAUCAAUUUCAUGCAAGACCAACAGGAAAUGGGCUGUGCAGCACCUUCUGUGGAUCAGGUAACUCGCGUUAAGAAGGUAAGUAUUUCAGCAGAUAACAAGGCGUAGGGCUGGAUGAACACAGCCAGCCAAGCAGCAAGAUUUUUCUUAAGUAGGGUCUAGGCCUGAAACGUCAGCCUUCCUGCUCCCCUGCUGCUCCUUGGCAUGGUGUGUUCAUCCAGCUCCACACCUUGUUAUCUCAGAUUCUCCACCAACUGCAGUUCCUGCUGUUGGUGAAGUAUUUCAGCAUCUGUUUUAUGUGGCUAAGUGCAUUCUCUUACCCGACAUCCACACCUCAUAAAAAUAACUUUCAGAAAAUAAUAUAGAAUGUGCUAUUUUAAUACAUAUAUAUCUUGAAAGUGUAUGAAAGAGAUCUAGCAUAUUGCAAUGUUAAU